AUGACCAACUUAGCUCUCAAGAACGCUCACCUCCUCCUGGAAUCCGUGCUGAAGUCUUCCACUCCAUCUCUCGCGGAAGUGAAAGAGAUCCAAAAAUCGAUCGGUCUAUCAUCCUCUGGCUCUCGGCUUGACAAUCUUUUGAUCCGCGCGUACGCCCACUGUGGAAGCCUCGAUGGAUCGCGCGAGCUCUUCGAUGGCAUGCGCGAGCGGACACUCUUCUCGUGGUCGAUCAUGGUGGCGGCGCACGCCCAGAGAGGGCAUCUGGAAGAAGCAUCCGCGAUCCACGAGAAGAUGCCCGCCUGGAAUGUCGUGUGCUGGAACGCGAUGCUCGCGCCACUGGCAGAUUCCGGGCGGCUGGAGUUUUCCGCCAGAAUGUUCCAAGCGAUGCCAGGGCGGAAUGCCGUGUCCUGGACGGCGGCGAUUGCUGCAAGUGCCCGAAAUGGGCAUCUGGUGUGGGCGAUGGAGCUAUUCCACAAGAUGCCUUCUACGAACGAAAUCUCUUGGGACUCCAUCACUAGGGCUCUUGCUCUGUCAGGGAAUCUCGACGAUGCGAGGCUCUAUUUCCAUCGAUCGCCCGCAAGAAUGAGCUUUGCGACUUGGAUGGCGAUCUUCCAGGCGUGUGCCAGGAGUGGCGAGCUUGAUCACGCAAAAGCCCUCUUCGAUCAAGCGAUUGAGAGGAACGAGGAUUCUUGGAGCGCGAUGCUCUGGGGAUAUGCCACGCAGGGGAGUCUGAGAGAUUCCGUGGCUGUGCUGGAGAAGAUGCCUGUGGUGGGAGUGGUCUCGUGCUCGAGCCUCGUCCAGUGUUAUACCCAAAACGGGUAUAUUCCUGAGGCGAAAGCACUCUUUGAUGGAUUGCCCGCGAGAUCGGAGGACACGUGGACGGCUCUCGCUGUGGGAUAUGCCCGCACUGGGCAUCUUGGCGAAGCGGGGGUUUUGACGGACAGGAUGCCGCGGAGGAAUCUCGUGUGCAUGGCUGCGAUUUUGCAGGCUCACGAGGGGGAUCUCCAUGCAGCGAAGGGAAUCUUUGCUGAAAUGCCAGAGAAGAACUUUACGUGCUGGAACACAUUGCUUACGUCCUAUGCUAAUGCCGAUUUGUUCGAAUGUGUGGAGCGAGUUUUCAAGAAAAUGCCAAUGCAUUGCGAGGUCCCAUGUACGACAAUGAUCUCGGUGUACGGCAGACACGGGCAUUUCCGGGAAUCUUUAGAAACGUAUGAUUCUAUGCCCAGGAAAGAUGUUGUAGCUGCCAAUGCGGUUUUGCAAGCGAAAGUGGCAAACGGGCUUCUAUGCGAGGCACUGGAGUUUUAUGAGAAGAUGCCCGUGAGGUCGAUUCCCACUUGGACAAUCAUGAUCCGGGUAUAUUCUCAAAAUGGCUGUACAGACUUGGCGAAAACUAUAUUCGAUCAAGCGUGCAAGGAUCUCGUUUCAUGGAAUGUGCUAAUGAAACUCUACGGAACCACUGGUUAUGUGCUCCAGGCAGAAGUUUUGUUUGAGAAGGCUCCGGCAAGGAAUAUCCUGUCGUGGACCGCCAUGUACUCUGCAUAUGCCCGCUGUGGGCACCUGCUGGAAACCAAAAACCUCUUUGACAAGAUGCCUAGCCGCGACAUUUAUACUUGGAACACACUCGCGUCGUGUUAUGUCUUGCAUGGAGGCUUAAGCGAGGCACGAAGUACAUUCCAAAAGAUGCCGGAGCACAGCAGGGUGACGUUCAAUGAGAUGCUCGCGGCACUUUUGCAGGACACUGGCCUGGAUCAAAUCAAAAGCCUGUUUGAUGCAUUGCCUGAAAAGUGUGUUGUUUCAUGGUCACUGCUGAUCUCCGGAUAUGCCCAAAACGCCAUGUCCAAGGAAGGAUUUCAAUUGUUUCGUGACAUGAUCUUGGAAGGAAUCUUGCCUGACGAAGUUUGCAUGACCAGCGUUUUGGAUCUGUGCAGCCACACCGAGGAUGCACUGCGGAUCUUUAGAUACUUGGAGCAGGAUCUUGGCUUGAGGGCCGUGAGGGAGCACUACUUGUGUUUGAUUGACAUCCUUGGAAAAUCUGGAUGGACGAAGAGAGCUCAAGACUUGAUUCAAAGCAUGGGCUACAGUGAAGCUUGGGCAUCACUCCUUGGAUCUUGCAAGAUCCACAAUGAUCCUUCAAUUGGAGCAAAAGCAGCUGCAGAGCUGGCCAGCUUUGAUCCAGAAACAUCUGCAACUUACGUGUUGUUGUCCACUAUAUAUUUUGAAAGUAACUCUUAA